ACCACCCCGGGCUUUUGGUCUAUUUCGUGCAUGUUUUCGUACGGUGGUUUGUUGGCAUGUUUACUUUCUCGUUAACAAAGCUUUGAACUGCCUUAGAAGUCAGGAUUGCGCAUCAUAAGUUUUGAAUUUUUUUUUUAAAAAACAAAGAAAAAACUUCUGGGUUGACCAUGAAACUCUGAUCUGUAUGCAAAAAUAUGAGAAACUAACAAGCAUGGGCUCUGAUGCGGCCAAUGCAGACACAGAGCCAUUCGUGGAGGUUGAUCCCAGUGGCCGAUAUGGCCGGUAUAAUGAGCUUCUGGGCUCAGGAUCAGUGAAGAAAGUGUACAGGGCAUUCGAUCAAGAGGAAGGAAUAGAGGUGGCUUGGAACCAAGUGAAAUUGCAGAAAUUCUGUGAUGAUAAAGCUAUGAUUGAGAGGCUAUAUUCUGAGGUUAGGUUGCUGAGGACAUUAAAGAACAAGAAUAUUAUAGCCCUGUACUCUGUGUGGAGAGACGAGGAAAAGAAAACACUGAAUUUUAUCACUGAAGUUUGUACUUCUGGGAAUUUGAGGGAGUACAGGAAAAAGCAUAGGCAGGUUUCGUUGAAGGCAUUGAAGAAAUGGUCCAGGCAAAUUCUCAAGGGUUUGGACUAUUUGCAUACUCAUGAACCCUGUAUCAUUCAUCGAGAUCUGAAUUGCAGCAAUGUGUUCAUCAAUGGCAAUAUUGGACAGGUGAAGAUUGGUGAUUUGGGAUUGGCUGCAAUUGUGGGGAAGAGUCAUUGUGCACGUACAAUGGUUGGCACCCCAGAAUUCAUGGCCCCAGAGCUAUACGAGGAGGAUUACACUGAGUUGAUUGAUAUAUAUUCAUUUGGUAUGUGUGUGCUUGAGAUGGUAACCCUUGAAUUGCCCUACAGUGAGUGUGACAAUGUUGCAAAGAUAUACAAGAAGGUGGUGUCUGGGGUGAGACCUCAAGCCAUGGACAAGAUUAAGGACCCUGAGGUGAAGGCAUUCGUAGAGAAGUGCCUUGCAAAGCCAAGGGAUAGGCCCUCAGCUGCUGAUCUUCUCAAGGACCCGUUCUUUGAUGGGAUAGUUGACGAUGAUGACGAUAAUGCAGAGGAUAAUAUUCGUCUAUGAUGACUAUUGAUUAUAGAUGUACAUGUUGGUUUUGCUAAGUCAGCAAGCAACCUUGUUGCAUUGUUUCUUCAGCUUUCCGCCCUUUUUGCCUCUGACUUAUUAGAGAGGCAUGGGGAGGAUCACAACUGGUUUUGGAUGAUUUGUUUUGAUAUUAACAAAGUUGUAGUUGCACAACCACA